UCACGAAAGGGAGAAGACUGCCGGUGAGGGGGCUUAAGGGAAGGGCCACUCGCAAGUUGCGUCAGUUUAGCUGGCUGGGUAGUGCCUGAACAGAAAGCAGAGACUAGGGAGUCCGGUGCCAAACCAGAUCCCGGAGAAGUGACAGACGGUGGACUCAAGAGGAGAAGGCGAUAUUACAGACAAUUCCUCAUCACCUCUGAUUACAGUAUCGCUUAUCAGUUCCUGACAGAAAUCAGGCGGUUCCAAGGGUGUCUGCUCUACACAGCUUGUAGCCGCGUGCUUGCCAAAGGGAGGAAAAGUAGAAUACACCGGCGGAAUCAUGCCUAAAGGAGGUAGAAAAGGAGGCCACAAAGGUCGGAUGAGGCAGUACACUAGUCCAGAGGAGAUUGACGCUCAGAUUAAAGCAGAACAUGAAAAGGCACAGGAAGCAGAGCUUGAAGAAAGCGGACAAGGUGCUACAGGUGACCCAACCAAGGAGCAAAAGGAUCAUAGUUCAGAUGAGAGUUCAGAUGAAGAUGAUGAUGACUAUCAGCAAAAGCGCAAAGGUGUGGAGGGUCUGAUCGACAUAGAGAAUCCAAACAGAGUAGCACAGGCCUCCAAGAAGAUCACUCAGGUUGAUCUGGAAGGACCUAAGGAGUUGUCACGAAGAGAGCGGGAAGAGAUAGAAAAGCAAAAGGCAAAGGAACGUUACAUGAAGAUGCAUUUAGCUGGAAAAACAGACCAGGCAAAGGCUGACUUAGCCCGUUUAGCAAUUAUUAGGAAACAAAGAGAAGAGGCCGCAAAGAAAAAAGAGGAAGAACGGAAAACAAAAGAUUCAGCACCGGCAGGAGCAGCAAAAGGAAUGCAGUCACUGUCCCUUAAUAAAUAGCCUGUCUCACAAGGAAUAGCAACUACGGUAUCCUGCGUCUCUCAAAUUACUUGACAAAUCACCUCCCUUCUCCCCAGCAUACCACCUCUCCAUUAAGUUGGCACAGAGUUUCCAGCCCAGGCUACAACAGUCAGAGACUGGAUACACACUUAUGCAUAUUAUUGAAACACGGAGUGUUUUAGGAGCUUGUGCUCUUCAAGGGAGGAAAAUAAAGAUUGGAAUUCAAAUGAAA